ACUCGCCCUUUAGAGGCGGGGCUUUGACGAACCGAUACUGCAGGCAGGUUUUUUUUUCCCUUGCAUUGCAGUAUUUACACUGGGUCAUUUUCCACUGGAAUCGGCGGCGAGUUGUGCCGCUCUAGGUCGAAGAUCUACCUGGAUUAGGAUUAACCAGAUAACCCCUUACCCACCUAGAGACAAAACCAUUGAGAUCCGGGUGCUGAAGGUAUCCGCGUUGCCUCUUCAGAUACAGGGCCAAAACCUACGCAAAGAGCGAAAUGUCCUCGAUAGAAGUGAUCGCCGUUCUCUCUUUAUUGGCUGCUGCUGUUGCCCAGCAUGUGAAGGUGGAGCCCGCUGUCUUUGGCUUCGUGGGGAACCAGGUGGUGCUGCGCUGCCAGUUUGUGGACCCUGCCUCCAGCGUGCAGGUCACCCAGGUGACGUGGGUGAAGGACCCAUCAGGGGCCAAGAUAAACAUGGCCGUGCAUAACCCCAAGUAUGGCACCAACUACCCAGUAGACACCAACAACCGCAUCCAUUUCCGGAAUGCCAGCCUGACCGACGCCUCGUUGGUUAUUGAUCGUCUCCUCAUGUCUGAUGACGGCAUCUACAGCUGUGAGUUUGCCACCUAUCCUGAGGGUAAUCAGGAGGCAGCCACCAACCUCACUGUGCUAGCCGAGCCAGAAAUCAGAGGCAGCCCGCUGCUGGUCAAGUCCGGGAAAUCGCCAGUCCCCGUGGCCAGUUGUAUCGCAGCAGGUGGAAAGCCCCCGGCCUCCAUCACCUGGCGUGGUAAUGUACCCGGGAACGCCACCACGGAGUUGACGCAGAACGCAGAUGGCACCACCACCGUCACCAGCCAGUACCAGGCAGUUCCCAGUAGUGAGCUGGACGGAGUGAUGUUGGAGUGCGUGGUCACCCACCGAACACUGGAGAGACCCAAGGUCAUCAGCAACGCUUUGUCUAUCCAGUAUCCUCCCAUCGUCACCAUCGAGGGCUACGAUGACAACUGGUACCUGGAUAGGGAACACGCUUCCCUCACGUGUAAUGUGAAGGCUAAUCCUGCUGCCAGUGACUACCGGUGGUACAUGAACGGUGGUGACGUCCCCAGUGGGGUGCGGAUAGUGGGCCACCAGUUGACUGUGGACCGGGUGACCUACCAGGUGAAUGGCACUUUCAGUUGUGAGGCCAGCAAUUCACUGGGCCGAACCAAUGGCAACAUCGAUAUCUUUGUCAGAGAACACAAGGCGGUGGUUACCAGCAACGCCGGGGCGAUCGCGGGAGGUGUGAUCGGGGGAAUCCUGGCACUGCUACUGCUUGCCUGCCUGGCUGGCUUCCUACUGCAGAGGAGGAGAAGGGGAGGGGAGGCAGCCGGCUCCUACGACCCCAAGACCCGGGUCUUCGGGGAUGGCAAUGGUGCUGCCCGCCCUGACUUUACCUAUCGCCCUGACUCAGACUCGGAGAAGGGCCCCAGCCUGGCGCCCACCACUCCCACUACCACUGUCACCGCCCCAGCAGAGACGGAGAUCCUGCUGCAGAGCCCACCACCGACCUACAACGACUACCAGGACGAGGAGGAGGAGGAUGAGAAAGGUCCUAUUUCCUCAGAUCCCAUGCUGGAAGAUGACAUGGAAUCCCAAAGAGAUGGCUCCAUCAUCUCCAAGAAAGCUGUAUACGUCUGAGGCAGUCUGCUCUGGCCCAUUCUGGACCUUCCUGCACCCCCAGUCCCCCCAACUGGCCUUGGAUCCUUCCCCUCCUCACCUCCUGGACUCAACAGUGAGGGGGCCAAGACGGUGGGAGCCGGAUUGGGUUGGACUCUGGCACAAACGGACGCUACCCCGCAGGGCCGGUUCCUCGGACUUCCUCAGUGCUUUUAGCCGUCUGCGGGCACAUCAUUGGCUCCUUGCUCCCAGUGUCAUGCCUCCUUCCAUCACGUCCCCAGCUUUUGAUUACAGGGCAUAGGUCCAAGUCCCUUGGUCGGGUGACCACUCCCUGUUGAGUGGCUCAUUGGCUCCCCAUCGCCGUCUUCCCACCUUCUUCCCUGUCCCUCGUUUCUGAUUAGACAGCAGGCUGUCUGUCUCUGUAGCCACCCAGCCCCUGAAUCUCCUCCGCCUGCACUGCUCUCCUCGCUUUCCCCAUGGUCCCCCACUCCUGUCCCUCCCAGGCACCCACCCCCACCCUGAUCUCUAUACAUAUCCCCCCAUCCUGACAUUCCCAUACAGCUCCCCCCCACUUCAUCCCUCCCAUACAUCCCCCCACACUCAUUCCUUAUAUACAUUGUCCCACUGCUCUUCUUAACAUACAUCUCCCACCUCCUUAACACUCCCUAUUGGUGUGGGCAAGGAUCCGUUCCCAGGAGAGGGGCUGUGCUUCACGGCUGCUUGGCGGGAAGUGAUAGUGGCUGGGAUGCAAAGUAGCUCCUGUGGUUGCCAGCAAGACGAGGUCCUGAGGUCAGCUUGUCUAAGUCUCUGAACUGGGAGACUGCACUGAGAUACUGAUGAGACUUUGAUGCCCUGCAAGGCUACAUUUAACAGUAAUAGUGGGGUCUGGGAUAAUGUCAUGUUAGAAAGUUUGUGGUGUGUGGCUCUAAUCUCCAGCACCUGUGUUUGCUUUUCAGAAGACUUGAGUUUGGCCCCUAGGGGUUAAUCUUGGUGGUCCUGGCGCACAGAUAGUUUAGUACGGGGAGGUCUCAGUGCGUCUGGUUAACUGCGGGGUCAAAAGCUUGGGCCGAGUGGCUUCUCGAUAGAGAUAUGGAAAGGGAGUGAGAUGCUGAGAGACAUGGAGAAGGAGAGAAAAAGAGAGACAGUGGAUGAGAGACAGAGAUGCUCAGGAAGAUAAAGAAUGGGCUGCAAGAGGGGUUUAAGGGAGAUGGGGAGUGAUGAAGCGUGUCAAAGAAAUCGGGAGGGGCAUAGGGGUCACAGAGUCGGGAUGUAGAGGUCACAGAGACGGAGGGGUACGGGGGUCACAGAGGCAGGAGGGGUUUAGUGGUUCACAGAAGGAGAAAGGGUGUCACUGAGACAUAGUAAAGGUGGUGGGUGUCAUAGAGACGGGGGGGUGGUGUAGGGGGUUGCAGAGACAGGGAGGAGCAUAGGGUGUCACCAAAACAGCUGGGGGGGGGGCAGAAUAAGUACUCACUGAGAUGGGGAGUAGGUGGUUAACAAAAUGGACACAGCAGGUUGGGAGUGUCUGCUGUCCCGUGUGAUUUUUCCAGGGUGGGGGCCAUCCAUGGUUGUGUAAUAUAUGAUCCCACCAGUUCCCAAAAAUGUUUGCCCUCCAUUCCCCUCCCCC